AUGCUGUCUGCUGCUAGAUUGAUUGCCCCUGCAGCCAGGUCUGCUAUCUUCAGCAACACAGCUCUUGUGAGGCCACUUGCUGUAGUGCCCACACAGUCACAGAUUGUCCCAGCGGCACCAGCUCAGCUUUCUGCUGUCCGCACCUUCCAAACCACAUCUGUGACCAAAGAUAUUGACUCUGCUGCUAAGUUUAUUGGUGCUGGUGCAGCGACAGUAGGAGUAGCGGGUUCUGGUGCGGGUAUCGGAACAGUGUUCGGUUCUCUCAUCAUCGGUUAUGCCAGGAACCCCUCCCUUAAGCAGCAGCUGUUCUCAUACGCCAUCUUGGGUUUCGCCCUUUCAGAGGCUAUGGGUCUCUUCUGUCUUAUGAUGGCCUUCUUGUUGCUGUUUGCUUUCUAA